AUGAUCACCAAUGAACUGAAACCAAAAUAUAUGCCUUCAAAGAGUUUGCAGUGGCUGAAGAUAAACAGGAGGAUUCUCAGGGCUUCCAGCUUUGGGUAUAACAGAUUGCGCAAGAAAUUUCCAGCAACAUCAUUCACUGGAACGGCUGUUCUCUCUGAUGCAGGAUUUGACUUGUUGAAUAAACUUCUUACUUAUGACCCUGAGAAGCGUAUUACAGCUGAAGCUGCUCUUAACCAUGAAUGGUUUCGUGAAGUUCCUCUUCCCAAGACUAAAGCUUUCAUGCCCACUUUCCCUGCUCAUCAUGCUCAAGACAGGCGUAUGAGAAGAAUGCUGAAGAGUCCAGAUCCUUUGGAAGAGCAACGUAGAAAGGAGUUGCAAGGGGAAUUGGGGACUGGUGGUGUGUUUGGCUGAGAGAAAGUUCAUCCAUUACUACCAUUUGAUGUUCAUGUUUUAGUUUUUUACGUUAUUGUUAGAU